AAUGUUUGCGCCACUAAAUCAACAGAACAAACCAAAAAUAUUGCUUAUGGUUUCUUUCUUUUGGUGAGAUUACGUGGUCCCUACACUAUUUCGACCAAUAAGAGAAUGGGUAAAGUUCACCCUUUUCAAGGGGGGAGAACAGAAUCGUACCCAUGUGUAAUCCAAAGGGAAGGUCUAUUAACACCACCAUUCUUACAACCAUUCGUACAACGCGCUUAUGUGGCAUUAAUUAAUUCGAGAAUUGGUUCAAAGAAAAGAAUUACAAAGCAUUUACUUCCCCGUAUCCAAAAGGUCUACAUAUAACUAACUUAGCACCCUUAGCUGGCAAGGGGGCAGAGCGGGAAAAGAAGAUGUUCAAUUCAUACCUGAUAUAAACUUCAACUUCACCCCAUCUUCAAGAAUCAAGAACAAGUCUCUAGCCUUUGCCCCUCUCUUCUGCUUCGCUCUCUACAAAACUAAACCCAAAAAAAAACCCCUAAAUCAUUCUCUCCUCUCUCACAUCACCAAUGGCUCUCUACCCACCUUCAAUCCAUCCUAAAGCCUUUCUUAAAGCCCUCUCUAGGCUAAUCGAGGAUGAAACCAUCAUUCGAGCCAAUGACACCUAUCUAGGAACCAUGGGGUCCGAUACCGACUUAUUCUUCCAAGACAUAACGUUGCGUUUUCCCAAUCAUGUUUGCCUCCGGGCGGCCAACCUACUGCAACGUUCGCCCAACCGGGGGAUAAGGUUCUCGGCCUUGUUGUACGUGCGGCGAAUCGCGACUCCGGGACGGUGGUUCCUCCUGAAUCGCCUCAAAACGACAACUCUGCUACACUUGAAACAGAUACUCCUAUUUUCACUUACUAACGAAACGGACGUUGAGAUGAAAGGAAUCCUCGUGAAAACCGCAAUCGAAGUAGCACGGCCCGAUCUCCCUUCAAAACUUUGGGCCCUGUUGGGCCAGGCCCAAGAUAAUACAGAUUGGUCUGUUUCUGGUGAUGAUGAACCGGUUGGUGAUGGGCCGUCUGAACCGGUUGCUGAAGGGUUGUCUGAAUCGGUUGGUCUCCGUCUCCGACCAGUUGGCCAAUGUAGCCCUGAUUGCGCUGGCGAACCAACUCGUACGAAAUUGGGAUAUUGAAACAGCUGCAGAGAGAAUCGAUGCGCUCAAAAUUUGUUAUGAUGUCGCAAUGCGAUGCCAAGUUGAAGACUUCAGAUAUUAUGAAAGAUUGCUACCCUACUUUAUCAGGGGUUGCAAUGACAUACACCCAUCCAUUAGAAUGAUAGCUGUACGUGGGAUUAGUAUUUGUGGACAGUUUGGCGGGUCUCUUUCUAAACCUAUCAUCAAAGAGGCUCGUACUUGUCUAGAAGAUCUAGCACUAGAUCCAGUGGAUUAUAAAGUUGCUGUUUGUGUACAUAAAGAAAUAUGCCAUCUGCUUGAGCUGGGAUCCACCGCACUCGGGUUGAAGACAAAGGAAGGAGUUGUGCUUGCUGUCGAGAAGCGUAUUGCUUCACCACUCUUGGAGCCCAGUAGUGUGAAGAAAAUUAUGCAAAUUGAUGAUCAUAUUGGAUGUGCAAUGAGCGGGUUGAUUGCUGAUGCUCAUAAACUUGUCAAACAUGCACGAGUGAAAACUAAGAACCAUAGGUUUUCAUAUGGUAAGCCAAUGACUGUUGAGUCUACAACACAAGCUCUGGCCCUGCGAUUUGGUGAAGGGGAUGAAGAGUCUAUGUCACGACCAUUUGGAGUGUCUCUUCUCGUUGCUGGCCAUGAUGAGUAUGGUCCUAGCUUAUACUAUACAGAUCCAUCAGGCACUUUCUGGCAAUGCAAUGCAAAAGCUAUUGGAUCAGGUUCUGAACGUGCUGACAGUUAUCUGCAGGAGCAGUAUAACAAGGACAUUACACUUAAAGAAGCAGAAACAAUAACUCUUUCCAUCCUGAAACAAGUUAUUGAAGAGAAGGUUACCCCAAAUAAUGUCGACAUUGCAAAGGUUGCUCCGAUUUAUCAUCUGUACACCCCAUCUGAGGUUGAGGCUGUCAUAAGUCGCUCAUGAGAGGAAAAAAUCCCAUCAAGACCUUCCAGACAUUAGUUGGCCUUUUAUCGGUGCUACUUAUACAUGAAUUUGAGACAACACUGCUGAGCUUAUGAUUUUAGUUUCUCCAGUCAUCGGAUUUGAGCAGAUAACUGUUUUUAGAUUGUUACUCAAACUAUGUACUCUGAUCGAUGUGAAACAUUUUUUCUCAGGAUAAUAAACUCCACGGGCUGUGUUGGAUUUUGUAAGACUGUCUGUAUGUCGUCCUUAAUCCCUAGGGAUUUGUGCUUUAUAUUGUGAGCAGUGCAACUAGCCAUUCGAAACA